UUAAUCAAACAAAAGCUGAAGAAGUUCAAAAGGCCACGCCCACCACGGAACAACCAUUUGAAUAUUCGUACCAAGCCCGCCCAUUUGGAACCGUUUUUCACGGGAACUGAAUAUUACACAACACCGUCCAACAUCUGCUGGAAUUUCAACGGCUCGCCUUUUAGGUGGCUCUCUGGAAUAGUCCAUUACUGGUCAAUUCGGACUGGUCAUACCUGAUCAAGAGUGCUAUUUUCACUGCGCACAAGUUUUUCGUUUCAUUAUUCGGACAGUAUGGAUCGCAGUCAACUACUUCUUGUGCUCUUGCUGUUUGCAAACAUCCACUCUGGACACACUGAAGAAAGACCAAAAGCCAAAGUGACCAUUAAACCUGAUCAAUAUGUAUUCAGAGGAGAAACAGUCAUUCUCAGAUGUGACAUUGAUGGUGAAGGAGUCACUAGUUGGCAGUACAGCUGGUAUAAAGAUGGUUCAGUCAGUGUUUUUAGUGAUCAAGAACACACAUUUUGGUUUGUCAGUAUGUCUGACGCAGGUAAAUACUCCUGUUAUGGAGCAGAGAGAGGAGGAUCACACAGGUCACACAUCAGUGAUGCAGUUACACUGACAGUAUCAGAUAGAGCCAGAGCAGUUUUAAGUGUUUCUCCACAGAAGUGGUUGACUGAAGGAGAUCCAGUGACUCUGAUCUGUGAGGUUUACGGCUCCUCUAGAGGCUGGACAUUCAGCUGGUACACUCUAACUGUUUCAUCAGACAACAGAUACUUUUAUAAGCUGCUCUCAUACAGCAGCAGAGGAGCUGGAGGAAACUACACUGUCAGUUCUGCUGCUCUAAAACACACAGGAGUUUAUGUGUGCAGAGCAGAGAGAGGAAAACCAGCCUAUGAAACAUUCUGCAGCAACAGACAGUUAAUAUGGGUCACUGAUUAUUCUUUUCCAGUCUUCAAUCUGAUAAUCAGUCCCAACAGAACUCAACACUUCUCACGUGUCUCCCUCUCUCUGAGUUGUGAGGACCAGAGUAAAUCUAGUAGAUGGAGAGUGAGAAGAUACACAGACAGUUUGUGGAAGCUGGAUGAUUGUUCAUCAUCAUACUCGAAACCACAAAAAUGUACAGAAUCUACAUGUACAAUCAGCUCCACCAGCAUACAGGACACUGGAGUGUACUGGUGUGAGUCUAAAUCUGGAGAGUACAGUCAUCCUGUUAAUAUCACUGUACACUAUGGUGUGAUUCUGGAGAGUCCUGUUCAUCCUGUGACUGAAGGAGAUACUCUGACUCUGCGCUGUUUAUAUCAGCGUUCAACCCCACCAAACAUUAGAGCUGAUUUCUAUAAAGAUGAAUCACUCAUCCAGAGUCAAACUACAGAGAUGAUCAUCUCUACUGUCUCAAAGUCACAUGAGGGUUUCUACUACUGCAAACACCCAGAGAGAGGAGAGUCACCCAAGAGCUGGAUCUCAGUCACAGCAGGUCUUUCUGCACCCUGUCUGACUGUUAAGCCACAGAGUUCAUUGUUCACUGGAGACUCAGUUACUCUGAGAUGUGAGGUGAAUCAGUCAUGGGAUGCAUGGGAGUUUAUGUGGAGAAAAGACUCAAACACUGAAUUUACUGAAGCUGCAAAUAAAACACUGGAUUCAGUGAAAGUCUCUGAUGGAGGAGAGUACAGGUGCAGAGCACGAAGAGGAGGACAUUACACAUAUUACAGUAAACCAGUAACAGUGGCAAUAUAUGAAAGACCAAAAGCCAAAGUGACCAUUAAACCUGAUCAACAUGUAUUCAGAGGAGAGACAGUCACUCUCAGAUGUGACAUUGAUGGUGAAGGAGUCAUUAGUUGGCAGUACAGCUGGUAUAAAGAUGGUUCAGUCAGUGUUUUUAGUGAUCAAGAACACACAUUUUGGUUUGUCACUGAGUCUGAUGCAGGUAAAUACUCCUGUUAUGGAGUAGAGAGAGGAGGAUCACGAACAUCAAACAUCAGUGAUGCAGUUACACUGACAGUAUCAGGUCAAGUCUCUAUUUCAGUUGUUUCUCCACAGACAUGGUUGACUGAAGGAGAUCCAAUGACUCUGAUCUGUGAGGUUUAUGACUCCCCUACAGGCUGGACAUUCAGCUGGUACAUUGUAACUGUUUCAUCAGACAACAGAUAUCAUUAUAAGAUGCUCUCAGACAGCAGCAGAGGAGCUGGAGGAAACUACACUGUCAGUUCUGCUGCUCUAAAUCACACAGGAGUUUAUGUGUGCAGAGCAGAGAGAGGAAAACCAGCUUAUGAAACAUGGUACAGCAGCUCAAAAUUAAAAUGGGUCACUGAUUAUCCUAUUCCAGUCUCCAAUCUGAUAAUCAGUCCCAGCAGAACUCAACACUUCACAUCUGUCUUUCUCUCUCUGAGCUGUGAGGACCAGAGUAACUCUGGUAGAUGGACAGUGAGAAGAUACACAGAUAGUUGGGGGCGGCUGGAAGGCUGUUCAUCAUCAGUGUGGGCAUCACAAACAGGAUCUAAAUGUACAAUCAACUCCACCAGCAUACAGGACACUGGAGUGUACUGGUGUGAGUCUAAAUCUGGAGAGAACAGUCAUCCUGUUAAUAUCACUAUACACUAUGGUGUGAUUCUGGAGAGUCCUUUUCAUCCUGUGGCUGAAGGAGAUACUCUGACUCUACGCUGUUUAUAUGAGUAUACAUUACCACCAUACAUUAUAGCUGAUUUCUAUAAAGAUGAAUCACUCAUCCAGAGUCAAACUACAGAGAUGAUCAUCUCUACUGUCUCAAAGUCACAUGAGGGUUUCUACUACUGCAAACACCCAGAGAGAGGAAAGUCACCCAAGAGCUGGAUCUCAGUUACAGAAAGACCAAAAGCCAAAGUGACCAUUAAACCUGAUCAACAUGUAUUCAGAAGAGACACAGUCACUCUCAGAUGUGACAUUGAUGGUGAAGGAGUCACUAGCUGGCAGUACAGCUGGUAUAAAGACGAUUCAACCAGUGUUUUCAGUGAACUACAGGAACACACAUUGAGGUCUGUUACUGAGACUGAUGCAGGUAAAUACUCCUGUUAUGGAGCAGAGAGAGGAGGAUCCCACAGAUCACAACAUAGUGAUAAAGUUACACUGACAGUAUCAGAUAUUCCAAAACCAACUCUGACUGUGCUGCCACAGAGUUCAUUGUUCAAUGGAGACUCAGUUACUCUGAGAUGUGAGGUGGAUCAGUCAUGGGUUGGAAUGGUGUUUCUCUGGAGUAAAAACUCAAACAAUGAGUCUACUGGAGCUGCAGUGAAAACAAUACAUUCAGUGAAAGUCUCUGAUGGAGGAGAGUACAGGUGCAGAGCACAAAGAGGAAAACUUUACACAAAUUACAGUGAACCAGUAUCAGUGAAAAUAUACGAAAGACCAAAAGCCAAAGUGACCAUUAAUCCUGAUCAACAUGUAUUCAGAGGAGAGACAGUCACUCUCAGAUGUGACAUUGAUGGUGAAGGAGUCACUAGCUGGCAGUACAGUUGGUAUAAAGACGGUUCAGUCAGUGAUUUCAUUAAUCAACAGGAACACACAUUCAGGUCUAUUACUCAGUCUGACACAGCUAAAUACUCCUGUUAUGGAGCAGAGAGAGGAGGAUCCCGCAGAUCACAACACAGUGAUAAAGUUAUACUGACAGUAUCAGAUAUUCCAAAACCAACUCUGACUGUGCUGCCACAGAGUUCAUUGUUCACUGGAGACUCAGUUACUCUGAGAUGUGAGGUGGAUCAGUCAUGGGUUGGACGGGUGUUUCUCUGGAGUAAAAACUCAAACAAUGAGUCUGCUGGAGCUGCAGUGAAAACAAUACAUUCAGUGAAAUUCUCUGAUGGAGGAGAGUACAGGUGCAGAGCACGAAGAGGAAAACUUUACACAAAUUACAGUGAACCAGUAACAGUGACAAUAUACGAAGGACCAAAAGCCAAAGUGACCAUUAAACCUUAUCAACAUGUAUUCAGAGGAGAGACAGUCACUCUCAGAUGUGACAUUUGUGGUGAAGGAGUCACUAGCUGGCGAUACAGCUGGUAUAAAGACGGUUCAGUCAGUGAUUUCACUGAUCAACAGGAACACACAUUCAGGUCUGUUACUGAGUCUGACACAGGUAAAUACUCCUGUUAUGGAGAAGAAAGAGAAGGAUCACGAACAUCAAACAUCAGUGAUGAAGUUACACUGACAGUAUCAGUUCCCAGAGCUGUUUUAAGUGUUUCUCGACAGAAGUGGUUGACUGAAGGAGAUCCAGUGACUCUGAUCUGUGAGGUUUACGGCUCCUCUACAGGCUGGACAUUCAGCUGGUACACUCUGACUGUUUCAUCUGACAUCAAUGAUCAUUAUAAGCUGCUCUCAGACAGCAGCAGAGGAGCUGGAGGAAACUACACUAUCAGUUCUGCUGCUCUAAAACACACAGGAGUUUAUGUGUGCAGAGCACAGAGAGUAAAACUAGUUCAUUACACAACCUACAGCAACAAACAACCACUAUGGGUCACUGGUGUUUCUCCUCCAGUGUCUCUGAUCAUCAGUCCCAGCAGAACUCAACACUUCACAUCUGUCUCUCUCUCUCUGAGCUGUGAGGACCAGAGUAACUCUGAUAGAUGGACAGUGAGAAGAUACACAGAGAGUUGUGGACUGGAAGAUUGUUCAUCAUCAGUGUGGGGAUCACAAACAGGAUCUACAUGUACAAUCAACUCCACCAGCACAUCAGACACUGGAGUGUACUGGUGUGAGUCUGAAUCUGGAGAGAACAGUCAUCCUGUUAAUAUCACUGUACACUGUGAGUCUGUGUUUCUUUCAGGCACCUUAUAAUCUUAAAAGGUUUACGUGCAGGGAUCAUUAAGUACAGUUACUAAUUACUAAUUAUUAAAAUAACUAAUUCAAAUGAAGAAACCACCAAAACUUUAAACCCACACAACUAUAACCACUUUGGCACUUUACAUAAAAACACUCAUUAGGCUAGCACAAUUAAAAUAAAGUUACUUCCAAACAUUCAGGCCUGUCAAUCAUUAUUACGAGCCUAUACAUAAGCAGGACUUAUUGCAUGUCCCCAGCGUCAAUUCUUUUGCCAUACGGCCCCGCCCUGUACCGCAAAUAGCGCCCCAAGCCGACAAACUCCUGCACUUCUGCUACAACGAACAAUGCUCUGCAAAGACCCUCUUACUCGAGUUCCACUUUCAGCUCAUAACAAGGGAAAUCAAGACCAUCAACAACCUCCUGCAGAUCUGCCCUGCUGCCUCCACUGAACGCGCUUUUCCCGCUACAGGAAUACAGUCAGUAAACUGAUGAAGGCACACUCGCCACCUUAAACAAUCAAAAUCCAGCUCUGCUCACCUUAUCCAUCGCUCAUUCCAUGCCCAGUGAUUUCCUUUUGCAUACCAAAAUCAUUAACAAUAUUCUGAUGCCUAAGUGGUACUUCUAAACGUAUAAUCUUGUCGGAUAACUAACAAACUCGAGAACACGUGACGAUGGCUCAGCGUCGUCUAAGUCACCUUAAGGCAAGUAAUUUCACUGGUCGGCCAUUUUGAAACGCCUCUCAGGCAGUAGGGCUGGGAAUUGAUUCCAAAAAGAAUCGAUUCCAAAGCGUUGGAAAUCGAGAGUCGAUUCCAAAGGUCGGAAUUCAUUACAUCAGGGGAAUCAACUCCCCAUUCAGAGCCGUUGUCAGUUAAAA